AUGUACUAUUUUACUGAUGCGUCCAAUAUGGAGCGUUUAGACUGCAGUGACGACAGUGUAGUCAUGAGGAAUAAAACUAAAGCCGCUUGGCAAGAAAUCAUGGAUACAUUUAUUUAUGAAAACCUGAACGAAGCAGAAAAAGCCGAAAUAGCUAAACACUAUUGCAAAAAUGGAACAACAUUUUUGACAGUUUUGUGA